AGACUCGUCCUAGCAACAUUUCAAAUGGCGGCCCAGUAACAAACAAUCCAAGUUUACAUAUCGACUUUACUGGAUUCCUUUGAUUUUAAUUUUGUUCAAGCUGAUUUAAAUAUGGCAACUCAACUUAGAUCAAGAAAUCCCAUUCUGGCAAGCUUCGAGCAGCGAGAAGGGGAAGACUCAAAAGACGCUGCUAAGAAAAGACUUCGCCAACAACAAAUGAUGGAAGCUAGUGCUGCUGCAGAAGAAAGGGUAGAAACAAAACGCCUAAAUAGACAAAUAAGAAUGGAACAACAUGAAAGAGAUAUGGAAGAAAGUAUUAUAAGAAACCAACAACAAAAAGAACUUCGGCGAAUGAGAGAAGAGCAAGAUGAACAAUUAGCAAGGGAAAUUGCCGCCCGAAAGGCGUCUGAGUUACGAGACGUGAAGAUAAGACAACAAAUUCGCGAUACCAGUCUUGAACUCAGAGAGUUGGAAGCUCAACUUAAAUCAGCGUAUGUAGCGAAAGAACGCCAAGCCCAAAUUGCCGAGAAAGAGGCACAUAAAUACGACAAUCUAGCUAGAGAUGCUGAAAUAGUCAAGGUAAUGAAAGAAGAAGCUAUCAGAGCUGCUGAAGCAGAUAAAAUAAAGGAAAUUGAACGCUACAAGGAAGCCGUCAAAUAUCAACAACAAUUAGAACGCCAACUAGAAGAACAGGAAAAAAAGAAACAACAAGCCUAUGAGGAAUUCUUGAAGGAGAAAUUAAUGAUAGAUGAAAUAGUAAGAAAAAUCUAUGAAGAAGAUCAACAAGAGAGGGAACGCCAAAUGAAUAUACAAAAGGUCCAAAAACAAUACAUGGAUGAAUUCUUGAAAAAGAGAAACGAUUGGAAAAAAGUGGAAAAAGAACGUAUGGAAGAAGAGAAUAAAAAAAUUAUGGAAUACGCCCGAGAGCAGGCUCGAAGGGAAGAAGCAAGAAAGGCUGAGAAGAAAAGAAUGGAAGCUUCCCGCGAUGCCCUUUUGGAUAAGAUGGCUAAGGACAUCAAUGAACAGAGACGAAAGGUUGAAGAAAUGGAAGAAGUUCGCCAAGAGUUAUACCUUGAAGAACAGGAAGAAAAGGAACGCGAAAGAGAGAGAGCUGAAAUUGAAAAGAGACUCCGAACCAAAUUAGCCCUGCAGCAGACUCACGCUGAACAAAUUAGACUGAAACAAGUAAGAAUGCAAGCAGAAGAAGAAGAAGAAAACCGAUUCAAGGCGGAAAUGAUGGCCAAGUUUGCCGAAGAUGAUAGAAUAGAACAAAUGAAUGCCCAGAAAAGAAGAAUGAAACAACUAGAACACAAGAGAGCCGUUGAGAAACUUCUGGAGGAUAGAAGACAACAAUUUAUCUCUGAGAGAGAAAGAGAACGAUCAGAGAAAGAAGAAGCAGAGGCAUUAGAAGAAUACAGGAAGAAGAUCAUCGAGGAAGAGCGCCAGAAAUUAUUGAAAGAACAUGCACAUAGACUGCUUGGUUAUCUACCGAAAGGUGUUAUUAGGGAUGAAAGAGAUUUAGAACUUUUGGGUCCGGAAUUUCAGAAAGAGUACGAAAAAAGAGAUAUCGAUCCGUUUAACGAUUCUUCUCAUAUGUAAUUACUUAAUACAAAAAUGUACUUUUUAUGUAUAAUAAUAUUUAAUAAUAAUUAGUAAUAUUUGUUUUUAUUAUUCUCAUAAAUACAAUAAGCAAAAGGGAAA